CAGGUGACGCCGCCGUGUCGCGGGCCGGUGGGCUGAGGAGCGCCCGCUCCGCCGCUUCCUGGCUGGCCGCCGCCGUCCGUCAUGCUGCGGCUCCUGCUCCCGCUGGCCGGCUUGGCGGGGCUCCUCCGGGCGGCGAAUAUACCCCAAAGGAGUUUUGGGAUUGAUUAUGGCUGCAACUGCUUUGUCAAGGAUGGGAGGCCUUUCCGUUACAUCUCAGGUAGUAUUCACUACUCACGGGUGCCCCAGUAUUACUGGAAAGACCGCCUGUUGAAGAUGAAGAUGGCAGGACUUGAUGCCAUUCAAACGUAUGUGCCAUGGAACUACCACGAACCCCAGCUGGGCGUGUAUGACUUUUCUGGUGACAAAGAUCUGGAGUAUUUCCUGCAACUUGCUAAAGACACUGGUUUGCUGGUUAUCCUGAGAGCUGGGCCUUACAUCUGUGCAGAAUGGGACAUGGGAGGCCUUCCUGCAUGGCUGUUGGAGAAGAAAUCUAUCGUUCUCAGGUCUUCUGAUCCAGAUUACCUGGCAGCAGUAGAGAAAUGGAUGGGUGUCCUUUUGCCAAAGAUGAGGCCUCACCUCUAUCAAAAUGGGGGUCCAAUCAUCAUGGUGCAGGUAGAGAAUGAGUAUGGAAGCUACUUCACUUGUGACUAUGACUAUCUGCGUUCCCUUCUGAAGCUCUUUCGCCAGCAUCUUGGGGAUGAGGUGGUGCUGUUCACAACUGAUGGUGCAAGCCAAUUUUACUUGAAAUGUGGAGCUCUUCAGGGUCUUUAUGCAACAGUGGACUUUGGCCCAGGUGGCAAUGUCACAGCAGCAUUUUUAGCUCAAAGAGGCAGCGAACCUAUGGGCCCUUUGGUUAAUUCUGAGUUUUAUACUGGAUGGUUGGAUCACUGGGGGCACCAUCAUUCUGUUGUGCCUGCACAAACUAUAGCUAAAACACUUAAUGAAAUCCUGGCACGUGGUGCUAACGUUAACCUGUACAUGUUUGUAGGUGGAACUAACUUUGCCUAUUGGAAUGGUGCUAAUAUGCCCUAUAUGCCACAGCCCACUAGUUAUGACUAUGAUGCUCCACUGAGUGAAGCGGGGGAUCUGACAGAAAAAUAUUUUGCCUUGAGGGAAGUAAUUGGAAUGUAUAAGCAGUUACCAGAAGGUCUUAUCCCUCCAACAACACCCAAAUUUGCAUAUGGGAAGGUUCGCUUGCAGAAGGUGGGUACAGUGGUGGAGGUUCUUGACAGGCUGUCAUCUGCUGGGCCAGUGAAAAGCACUUACCCAUUAACCUUCGUUGAGCUAAAGCAGUAUUUUGGGUUUGUGCUGUACAGAACUACGCUUCCAAAAAACUGUACGGAGCCAACACAGCUGUCUUCACCUUUAAACGGAGUCCAUGAUCGUGCCUAUGUCUCUGUUGAUGGGGUUCCUCAAGGUGUCCUUGAGAGGGAGAAGUCACUUAUGAUAAAUAUAACUGGGAAGGCUGGAGCAAAUCUGGAUGUCUUGGUAGAGAAUAUGGGCAGAGUCAACUUUGGUAGAUACAAUAAUGACUUUAAGGGUCUAGUUUCAAAUCUAACUCUUGAUGAAGAUACACUUGUUGAAUGGGAAAUCUAUCCUCUAGACAUAGAUGGAGCAGUGAACCAUGACAUUAAUGGCCACCUUGAUCAACCAAGGAGAUCUGUUGAAUGGGAAAUCUAUCCUCUAUACAUAGAUGGAGCAAUGAACCAUGACAUUAAUGGCCACCUUGAUCAACCAAGGAGAUCUAUUGGCAAUCCACUUAGUUAUGAAGCACCUACUUUUUACACCGGUAGACUUUCAAUUCCUGGAGGGAUUCCAGACUUGCCUCAAGACACCUACGUCAAGUUUCCUGGCUGGACAAAGGGGCAAAUUUGGAUCAAUGGCUUUAAUCUUGGUCGCUACUGGCCGGCCCGUGGUCCUCAGUUGACCCUUUUUGUUCCAAGGAAUAUACUUUUUUCAUCGGUGCCAAACAACAUAACAGUGUUGGAGCUGGAGCAUUCUCCUUGCAGCACUCAGGCGUGUGAGAUAGAAUUUGUAGACAAGCCUAAUAUCAAUGCAACCACACAGUAUGAAAGUUACGACCCACAUCUGUUUGUUAGAGACAUAUGGCUGAACCAUCUAUAAUGAUUUGAGUAUUUUCUUAUCUUCCCCCUACUUUGCUUCCCUUUCCCAAACCAUAGUUCACUUUUUUAAAGACCUAAGUGUUAGUAAGUGAAUUGUUUAGCUGAGGCAACUUUUUAAAAUCUUCAAAGACUUUUUUUUUUUUUUAAAAAAAAAAAUCUCCCAGAGGUAAAUACUGAAAUUCUCUUAAAGAAAAGCUGUAACUUUAGUAUUUACCUUGGACUGUGAAAUUGAACUCAACUAGAAGAUAAUAUUUGUCUCAGCCUAGUAGAAAUUAGUCCUUGUAUGCUGUUUACAUUACAGGAACCCUCUUAGACUUUUUUUUUACCAUGUUUUGCAACUGGAGAGGAGCUUACAAAAGAGGUGCACGGUCCUGCUAGCAUGCUGGUUUUAUUCAUGUGGACUGGCAGGUCAGAGCUGCCAACAGACCAGACAAUUUCAGCUGAUUUUAUCACCUGGUUAGUAUCAAUAUCAUUUUAGUCUGAACAGGCUUUCAUUGAGCAGACCUCAUAUCUUUUUUUCAUGUUUAUGCAAGUAACCUUGGAAAAAUUUAAGUUGGUUUCUUAUGGGAACAGUGAGAAGAACCGUGGAAGAGAACACUUAAAUGCAAGCUGGUCCAAACAGCAGUAACAUGGAGAGGGACUUUCUAGCCUCCAUCUGUUCCCUCUUGGAAAGCCUGUUUACUGCUUUCCUUCUGCUAUCUCCAAAGUCUUAAAGUCAAUUGAUAAGUAAAAGGACAUACGCAGAAUUUAGGCUGUUUUGGUUGGACCAUAGCCUCCAAUUAACUUCCUGCAGAAUGUAGCUUAAAAUGAGACAUUUUAACCUUAAUGUAUUCUUUUUCUCCUGGUAGGUUUUUUUGGUGGGUUUUUUUUUUGUUUCCCCCUAAUGGGCCUGGAGUAUCUUUUUUUCAUGGGCCAGCACCCUGGAUGUGGAGGGCUUUAAGUUAAAGAAUUCUUAUUCUGUUUUACUCAUUAAUCCACAUCUUCUGUUUGUUCAAGUAAACUGAUGAUCUUUGUAAGCGCCUGAUUUGCAAAAAUGCACAAUUUCUGUUACUCAAGUUGAAUGUCUACACCAAACAGAAUCUUCUUUCCAAUUCUUAUGGUUUUGAUGUCAGUCAUGCAAACUCCUUGGUGAGAUUUGAACAACACAAGAUUAAGACGAUGGAAUCAAUUAUUUUCAUAAUCUGUGGUUUGUUCCUUUGAUUUGUAUUUGACAUUAUUAAAAUGGUUCUUUAGAUACGAAA